AUGAUGAGUUCCUAUCAGUUUGUGAAUUCGUUGGCGUCGUGCUACGCCGGCCAACAGGCCCAACAGCAGCAGCAGCAGCCGUCCCGGCCGACGCCAAAUUCCCCGGGUGAGCCACUGCAAGCAGCAUCACCCGCCGCUGGUAAUUACUACAAUCCAAAUGUCGCGGCUGCUGGAUACCCAACCCCCUGUUACUCACCCCAACAGCACUACCCACCGCAUCCUUACGCGGCGCCAGCCAGUGGAAUGCAGCAUCAGCCACCAACCGAGAUGAUCGACUACACCCAACUCCAGCCUCAGCCGAGGUUAAAUCCGUCGACGACCAGCCAACACAGCAUGCACCAGCAGUCCCAUCAUCCCCAGCAUCACCAACAGGGCCAGAUUCACUCGGUGGAUCCAACGAGUCCACUCCUCCAGGGCGCCAACUCCACGUCUGUGCCGUCAACCUCCAGCUGCAAGUACGCGGACUCGACGUCUUCGACUGGAGUUGCUUCACCACAGGAUCUGACGACGUCGACGUCGCGGAAUAGUCCGACACCACUGGCUGGGACCAGCAAGGCUGGGGCUGGAUUGACGUCACCUCCGGGUAGCUCCUCCAGGUCAUCGGUCGCUGCUUCCGCGUCGUCUCCACCGAGCGGUAGCGCCAGGGGUGUUGGGGAAGGUAGCUCUACGUUGACAACAGCCUCGUCGGCCUCCUCGCCUGCUUCGUCAACGUCGAGUACCUCCAGUACUGGAAAUAAUUCUUCGAAUAAGGGGAAUAGCAGCAGUGGUAAUCCACCGCAGAUUUACCCGUGGAUGAAGAGGGUUCACAUUGGACAGAGUACUGUGAAUGCAAAUGGUGAGACAAAACGUCAGAGGACAUCAUACACAAGGUAUCAAACCCUAGAACUGGAGAAGGAAUUUCACUUCAAUCGUUACCUCACAAGACGAAGGCGCAUUGAAAUAGCUCAUGCCCUGUGUUUAACCGAACGUCAAAUAAAAAUAUGGUUUCAAAAUCGUCGAAUGAAGUGGAAGAAGGAGCACAAAAUGGCAAGCAUGAACAUUGUACCAUACCACAUGUCGCCGUAUGGUCAUGCCUACCAGUUUGCACCUCACCCAGGCCAGUUUGCCCAUUUGGCCACAUAGGACGAGUUCUCGCCCGCCGAGCUCGGGGCACAUGCGGUCCGGUUUCCGGGUAUGUACGGCGAACAGAAUUUCUAAAGGCUUUCAAAUGUACACGCGUCUCAUUCGUUGGUUACUUGCAACGAUUGAGAUGAUUGUGCUUCACUUCUUGCUAGGCACUAGAUCGAUUUGUCACUCUGUGAUCACCACGUCUCCAUCCGUCCAACUUUGGGAUUCAACUGCUGCUCUAGAGUUGAUGAUUUGCUGCGGCUAUUUCUGUCCGUCAGAUCAUCAACAGCUUUGCUUUUUAUAUCCUCAUGUUGGAUGGGCCUGUGAUACUUCUUCUAG